AUACCUUUAAUGCGUCGUGAUCUCUCUCCUCCAAUCCCGACAAAGUACACCAUCAUCUCCUGCCUUGAUGUUCUCCCUCGCUCUCUCUCCCUCCCCCCUUCUCUCUCUCCGCCUUCGCUAGCGCCCCUGUCAUGCGCUCCUCCCCCUCCCCCAGCCAUCGUCUUCCCUGCAGCGCACAGACGAGGCACACCCACCAGAACACCAUAAAAUAGUGCUUGUUGAUUGAUCUCCACAGGCACCCAUCUGUCUCUCAUCAUCAUACUUACUACCAUAUGAAAAAUAUUUCUCGCCAACCUAGCUAGAGUGUUUCCCUAACAGCACAGCUAGCUCGCUCUCUCUCCUGGUCGAUCGAUCUCUUUCUCACUCUUAGCGCCGCCGCCACCGUCGCCACCACCACCGCCGUCCCCACAUCACCUAACCAGCUGAGCAAAACCCCACAAGAACAGCUCGGUACGUCACCAAACCCACCGCUCAAUCUCCCCCAACCAAAAGACAGCAUCGUGUAUUCUUGUGUGUAUAUGUCUAUGGCCUAAUCGAGACCAUGGACGUUACCGGGGAUGCCGGUGGUGGUCGCCGCCCCAACUUCCCCCUGCAGCUCCUCGAGAAGAAGGAGGAGCAUCCAUGCUCCAUCUCCCCGGCUGCUGGGCUCGGGACGAAUGGGUCGGCGACGGGGGAGCUGCAGGUUCGGAAGGCGGCGCCGCCUAAGCGGACCACGAGCAAGGACCGGCAUACGAAGGUGGACGGGCGCGGCCGCCGGAUCCGGAUGCCGGCUAUCUGCGCGGCGCGGGUGUUCCAGCUGACGCGGGAGCUGGGGCACAAGACGGACGGCGAGACUAUCGAGUGGCUCCUGCAGCAGGCGGAGCCCGCCGUGAUCGCGGCCACCGGCACAGGCACCAUCCCGGCCAACUUCACCUCUCUCAACAUCUCCCUCCGCUCCUCCGGCUCCAUGCUCUCCACCAUACCCGCCCACCUCCGCGCCGCAGGCCUGCCGGGCUCUCGCUUUGGAGGUGGCCCACGGGCCGACGCGUGGGACCGCUUCGUCGGUCUCGGGUUCGGCGGCGGCCUCGAGAGUCCGGCUUCCACGACCACCUCGUCGUCCUCCCCGCUGCUACUGAGCUUUCACUCUGGAAGCGUCGGCCUCGACGUUUCGCCCUCGUCGUCGGCGGCCGCGGCCAGCACGGAACUGUCCAGGAAGCGGCGUUGGGAGCAAGAAAUGCAACAGCAGCAACAACAGCAUCAUCAACACCAACAGCAACAGCAACAACAGUACCAGCAGCAGAUGGCCGGGUAUACGCAGAGCCAAAUGCCGGGUACUGUGUGGAUGGUGCCGACGAGCAACACUCAGGGUGCCGUAGCGGCGCCUGCCGGCGGCGGCGAGUCGAUCUGGACGUUCCCGCAACCGGGAAGCGGCGGCGGCGGCUCCGCGACCGUUUACCGCGGCGUGCCGAGCGGGCUACAUUUCAUGAACAUCCCCGCGCCGAUGGCAGUGCACGCGCAGCAGCUGGGACUCGGCCAGGCCGGCGGCGGCGGAUCAGCAGCAGCGAGCGAGGGACACAUGGGGAUCCUCGCCGCGCUCAACGCGUAUCGUGGGCAGCAUGCAUCGGCGUCGGAGGUCACCGUGGCCGGGCACAAUGGAACAGCUGAAGGGACUACUCAUCAUCAACAUCAGAAUCAGCAUCAGCAUCAGCAUCUCCAGCACGGGGGUGGCGAGCCGAACGAGAGCAUGAGCGGCAGCGACUCGUAGGGCUUGGCUUCCUGACCGCUGGUCCGUUCCACAGCUUUGGCUUACAAAAUUUUCGUCUUUUGAUUUGUUCUUCUUUGAUUUGUUUCUGCUCUUGAGUUCUUGACUCGAUCGCUUGUUAUGGUUUUGUUCCUCCUUUAUAUUCUUGCAUGGAUCA